AGUUAGCUGUAGUGUUGGGGAAGGGAGGAUUAUUUUUGUAAUAAAUAUUAUGGUUUAUUUUAUAUCUUUAGUCUUAAAUUAGUUAUUUUGGCGGUAAGAUGUAUUAAAAACAAACGUGGUUUUUUUCCCUAUAAAGAUAUGUUUAACGUUAUUAGUUGACAAGAACUAAAUAAACUUUCAAGGUUGAUUCCUGUUUAUAAGUAAACAUAUAAUGGAUUCAACAGUGCCAACACUAAAUGUGCCUGGAGAGAUUACUUUCAUAUUACAGUGUGGACUUAUCAAAGAUUCAGUUACAGUUGAUGUUUCAGAUCUUAAUUUAAAAUCUUUGAAAAAUGUUGCCUGCAACUUUAUUGAUAAAAAGUUUCCAGAACAUGGUCUUAAUAAAUUAAAUGAGAGAUUGAUUCUUUUUCGUCAUGAUUAUAAUUCCACUAAUAUGCUUCUUCCUAUAAAUGUUGCUUCAGAUGUCACAGAAGGUUCACUUUUGGAAGUUGUUUUAUCAGCAAAUAAUCCAUCAGAUGAUGUACAAAUAAUGCCACAUUCUCUUAAUGUACACUCUUAUAAAUCUCCAACAUUCUGUGACUUUUGUGGAGAAAUGCUAUUUGGUUUAGUACGACAAGGUCUUAAAUGUGAAGGUUGUGGUUUAAAUUUUCAUAAGCGAUGUGCAUACAAAAUUCCCAAUAAUUGUACUCAUGCCAGAAGAAGAAAAUCAUCAACUAGUCUUUACCCUCGUGGUCAGUUAGACAAUUUACAACAUACAUCUAGUAGUAACACUUCAUUAUCAGAUGACAGCACAGCUUUGCUUAGUGGAUCACCUUCUCGAGAUAGAAGAUCACCUUCUGUCAACAUGGGUCGUCCUGCAUGGGUUGAACGUGAAUUAGCAGGAAGAAUUAGAGUACCUCAUACUUUUGUUGUUCACUCUUACACUCGACCAACAGUAUGUCAACAUUGCAAGAAAUUAUUAAAAGGUUUACUUCGUCAAGGAAUGCAAUGCAAAGAUUGUAAAUUUAAUGUUCAUAAACGGUGUAUGGAAAAAAUACCUAUGGAUUGUGCAGGUGAAGCACCAAAGGAAUGGGCUUUAGAAGCCUCUAAAAGCUCAGAAACAGAAAAUGGUAGUGAAAAAGAUAAUUGUGAUGAUGAUUCUGAUAAUGAUAAUGAAUUACUAAGUGCAAAAGGAAGUCAUUCAAACUGUAGUCCAGAUGAUGAAUCAAAACUUCCUGCAAACAUUCUUGGUUGUAUGGUGAACACAAUAGUUUGUGCAGAAAUGAUUGAACAGAUAUUUGUGCAUAUUGAUUGCUGUGAUUCAUAUUUGUGUAGAAGAGAGAACACUUUACCUAAAGUAACUGCUAGUUCGCCUAUUGAUAUUCCAUUAUCAGAAAUUUUAGCUGUCGAAUCGGCAAAAUCAAAUUUAAAUAAUGAAUCAGGAAAACACAGGCAUUGUUUUGAAUUGAGAACUGCUAAUAUUGAUUACUAUGUUGGAGAUGAUCCUAAUACUGCUCACAGUUGGGAAGUUACAAUUAGACAAGCACUUAUGCCUGUUACUACUCCAGUAUCUUCUAAUCAAAAUCAUGGUACCACAAAACCAGUUCAUGAUGAAAAAGGAAAAUCUUCAAAUAGUUCAGAGCAAGAUAUGGACAUUAGUUUACAGUAUCAAAUAUUUCCUGAGGAAAUGCUUGGGUCAGGACAGUUUGGAAUUGUUUAUGGUGGCGUUCACAGAAGCAGUGGACGAGCAGUUGCAAUUAAAGUUAUUGAUAAAUUAAGGUUCCCAACAAAACAGGAAGCACAACUAAAAAAUGAAGUAUCAAUUUUGCAAAAUAUUCACCAUCCAGGAGUUGUUAAUUUAGAUAAAAUGUUUGAAACACCAGAAAGAAUUUUUGUAGUUAUGGAAAAAUUAAAAGGUGAUAUGCUUGAAAUGAUUUUAUCAAAUGAAAUGGGACGAUUAUCAGAACGGAUUACAAAGUUUCUUAUAUUUCAGAUUUUAAUUGCAUUGAAACAUCUACAUUCUGAAAAUAUUGUUCAUUGUGACUUAAAACCUGAAAAUGUUUUGUUAUCAUCUGAUUCUGAUUUUCCACAGGUAAAAUUAUGUGAUUUUGGAUUUGCUCGUAUUAUUGGAGAACGAUCAUUUCGCAGAUCUGUUGUUGGUACACCUGCUUACCUUGCUCCUGAAGUUUUAAGAAAUAAAGGUUACAAUCGAUCAUUAGAUAUGUGGUCUGUAGGAGUCAUUAUUUAUGUUAGUUUAAGUGGUACUUUUCCAUUUAAUGAAGAAGAAGAUAUAAAUGAUCAGAUUCAAAAUGCUGCUUUUAUGUAUCCACCCAAUCCUUGGAAAGAAAUAUCUGCAGAAGCAAUUGAUUUAAUCAACAACUUGCUCCAGGUUAAAACAAGGAAAAGAUAUACUGUGGAUAAAUCACUCUGCCAUACAUGGUUACAGGACUAUCAAACAUGGUGUGAUUUAAGAGAAUUAGAAAAUCAAGUUGGCUGGAGAUAUUUAACUCAUGAAUCUGAUGAUGCUCGUUGGGAAGCCUAUCGUAGAGAACAUAAUUUACCUCCAUCUAUAUCUCAUACACAAAAUGAAGAUAAUGCUCCCCCACCAACAUAUAGUCUAACAACGUGUUCACAGUCUAGGCGAGAAGAAGACAACACUGGUAUGUUUGGUCGUAUUCGUCUUUAAAAAGAAGAGAAAGAUAUGAAUAAAACUGAUAUACGAAACUUGAAGCAGUUCUAUUCUGUGAUAUCUAUAGAAGAGACUUUUUUAUUUUGUUUUAUUGCAACAUUGGAAGAGUUGUUGAAAUCUUUUAAUAGAAAUCUGUUACAUAUUUUUGACUAUAAUCAUGUUUAAAAUGUUACUACAUCUACUCAAUUUACAUUCCAACUGUGGAACACAGGAGAAAAGGUACAAGUUUUAGAGAAUUUAUUUUCUAAAAGACAAAAGUAUUUUUAUAAAAAAAAUGCAGCUAUAAAUAAUAAUUCCUUCAUGUCAUAACAUAAAAUUCAAAUUUGGAAAACCAAAUUUUUAGUAAAAUCACAAAAAAAAAGCAUUGACAUUGUUAAGGUUGAGGUUGCUUCCAUAUUUUAUUCAGUAACUGGUUAUGGGAAUAUAUAUUGUAUGUGUAUAUAUGUAAACAAAUAAUGUGUCUUAAUAUGUAAAUAUUUCAUAAUGUCAGAUGAAUUUUUAGUUUCAUGCCAUCAUCAUAAAAUCUAGAAAAA